CUCGCAACAGUAUCAACAUGGGUGUCUGCAUGUCGUCCGAAGAGUUUAGCGCCUUACCGCUCGUGCCGCAGUCCAACUUUGUCGCGAUCGACCACACAUUCACGGCCCCCCGCGUCGUAACGCUGGACGUCAAGUGCCAGAUCUGGUCAAGUUUGGGCAAGGACUUUCUCAUCCGCGAUGCUGAUACUGGCGAGGUGUACUUUCGUCUCGAGGCCAAAGACUCCUCGUUCCACGACCAAAAAGUCCUCCGCGACAACCGCGGGAACGUGGUCGCUGUGACCAAGGAAGACCUCCGCGAGUACACGCAGCACGUGUACUCGAGCGAAGCAACCGACCACGAGCUCCUUGCUAUCAAAGCGCGCCACAAUGUGGGCUAUCCCGAGCUCGGGUGCAGCGUUCGAAACCUCUCGACAGGACGCGUGCACGAGCUGCGCUGCAAGGGCGCCUGGACACACCGCGCGAUCAUCUCGAUCGACGGCGGCGUUGUCAUUGCCAAGAUAGACCAAAAGUUUGACCUCGGCGGGGUCCGAUACUCGGUGGAAGUCGCACCAGGCGUCGACCUUGCACUCAUGACAUUGGUGUGCAUCGCCAUGGACUAAGACCAUGGACUAAGACCACACUCGCAACUUGUCUCAACUUUUGAAUUGUGAUUAUCCUAUUGAAAUA